CUGUGGUCUGUGUCUUUAGAGGGUGCAACCAGGCGUAGAGGCGUUAGCCGUCGGGCUGGGGAGAGUUAACUGUGGCGUUUGUAUCUUUUAAAACACUUCUCAGACUCUCUCUACCUGAAAGACCAUUUCUGCAGCGGGUAAGUACAUGUUUGUGAAUCCCUCCGGGGAGGCUGAAAGAUCUGAUGAAAGCCGAAGAAAAUACUGUGUGCUGCUAAACAAGCCCCACCCUUCUUCUUGACAUUAUUGUAUUCGCUCUUUGUUCCCAAGGAUGGCAAUGCCUGGGGAUUUGCUUACAGUUUUUCAGGCAUCUUGAGAAAAAGCACAAUGACAGCUGGGAGGCGGAAAAAUGUGGGAAUCUGCCUUGGAGUUUCUCCUUCGCUCUUCACCCAAAUAAUCUUUGUGGAGAGCAGGCUAAAAGCCAGGAAUUUAUUUGACCCAAGGUAGCGUCUCGAAUCAGGAAAGCAGUUACUAAAUAAGUGACUGAUCUGGUUGGGCGUAACACGCUUGGCUUGCGUGGUCGGUUUGAAUUGGUUUUGUCUUGGCAUCUGCCAACCGCCGCUCGUCUCCCGCGAGCUGGGGGGGGUCGGCCCUCGCUAGCCUGGAACGGGCAGCUCGGCUUUGGCCCUCCCGAGGAAGCCUGGACGGCGAGUUGGGGUGAAAUCAAGUCUGUCAGUUUUGAGUAACUGUUGUCAGUUUGAAUUCUGACCCUGGGUCGGGCUGGGAGUGGAUCUCGGUAAAAUCCAGCCGAGUUUGCAGGGAUGACUUGGGUCAUCACUGUUUGUGGUCACAGCAGGGGCUGUCUGGACAGUUGUCUUCUGGAAAGGCUCCUCCGCUUCCACACUCUGUUUCGUGCUUAAGUUAGGUGCUUGCAGGUCUGAAAUACUGCGUAUGACUAGUUCUGUUCCUAAAGCCGGUUCCUCCUGAGCCUAAGAGUGGCCCCUUCCCUCCGAAACGGGCAAUUGGACAGUUUUCUCUUGUUGGAGCAUUUCAUCCCCAGCGGGUUCUAAGGAGGUCGCGGUUUGAUUUCUGCAGCUUUGACGUGUUUGUGCUCCGACUGCAAACAAGCGAACUCCACGUGUGAAACGGACGGCGCCUGCAUGGUCUCGGUCUUCAACCUGGACGGCGUUAAACAUCACGUUCGGACCUGCAUUCCCGAAGCAAAAUUGAUUCCUGCUGGGAAACCCUUCUAUUGUCUGAGUUCAGAAGAUCUGCGUAAUACUCACUGCUGCUACUCCGAUUUUUGCAACAAAAUUGAUUUAAUGGUUCCCAGUGGACACCUGAAAGAUAACGAGCCCCCGUCGAGCUGGGGUCCUGUGGAGCUGGUGGCAGUGAUUGCCGGACCUGUCUUCCUUGUGUUCGUUGUCAUGAUCGUAGUAGUCUUUGUUUUUCAUCACCACCAACGUGUGUAUCACAAUCGCCAGCGGCUGGACAUGGAAGACCCCUCUUGUGAAAUGUGCCUGUCGAAGGAUAAGACCUUGCAAGAUCUAGUCUACGAUCUCUCCACCUCUGGCUCGGGCUCAGGUUUGCCGCUCUUUGUCCAGCGGACCGUGGCUCGGACGAUUGUCCUUCAGGAGAUCAUCGGCAAAGGCCGCUUCGGGGAAGUGUGGCGCGGCAGGUGGCGCGGAGGUGACGUAGCUGUAAAAAUCUUCUCUUCGCGUGAGGAGCGUUCCUGGUUUAGGGAAGCAGAAAUAUAUCAAACUGUUAUGCUGCGCCACGAGAACAUCCUGGGAUUUAUUGCUGCGGAUAACAAAGAUAAUGGAACGUGGACUCAGCUGUGGCUCGUCUCCGACUACCAUGAGCACGGAUCUCUCUUUGACUACCUGAAUCGAUACACGGUGACUAUCGAGGGCAUGAUCAAACUCGCCCUGUCUGCUGCUAGCGGGCUGGCCCACCUCCACAUGGAGAUCGUGGGGACUCAGGGAAAGCCUGGGAUUGCUCACAGAGACUUGAAAUCCAAGAACAUCUUGGUGAAGAAGAACGGCACGUGUGCCAUCGCUGACCUUGGUCUGGCCGUCCGCCACGAUUCGGUGACGGAUACGAUUGAUAUUGCACCAAAUCAAAGGGUCGGAACCAAACGAUACAUGGCCCCUGAAGUCUUGGAUGAAACCAUUAACAUGAAGCAUUUUGAUUCUUUUAAAUGUGCCGAUAUCUAUGCCUUGGGCUUGGUCUACUGGGAGAUUGCUCGAAGGUGCAACGCAGGAGGGAUCCACGAGGAGUAUCAGCUUCCGUACUACGACCUUGUACCCUCGGAUCCUUCUAUUGAGGAGAUGCGGAAGGUCGUAUGCGAUCAGAAAUUGCGGCCUAAUAUCCCGAACUGGUGGCAAAGCUACGAGGCACUCCGGGUGAUGGGGAAGAUGAUGCGGGAGUGCUGGUACGCCAACGGAGCGGCUCGACUCACCGCCCUCCGCAUUAAGAAAACCCUCUCGCAGCUCAGCGUCCAGGAAGAUGUGAAAAUCUAGGCCCUGAGCCCCAGCAGGAGGAAACUGCACAAAAGCUGCCAUGCUAGAGUAGACGUGUGACGGAGGCCUACCUCGUGUUUCUGCCCAAUCUACUGCUACCAACCAGACAGCGUGACCUACAGGCUGCUAGGUGGGGUGACGGAGCCUAUUGAGUUGCUCUCAUCCCUGCUUGGGUAUGAAACAAUCAGAAACUUUUUAUGAUCACCUCCUGACAGCGUGAAGACUUGAGAGGGACAGCCAUGAUUGUAACUCUUGUUUCUUUAAUGGAAAUCCCUGUAAAGUUCAGUGCGUGCGGCGCACCCGUUGGCAGCGUUUGAGGCCGGGGUGCUAGGUGCUGGGAGUGGGAAGGGAAAGGGAAGGUUUUUCUUGCCGUACUCUGAGGAUUAAUUUUUUUUUUUUCCAGGGACUGGCACGUUAAAUGCAGAAAAAGCAUUUGCAAAACAAAUGGUGCUCCCUUCUGAGAGGCUGAGCCUGAACAGUUGUAUCAGCUUCACGAAACCAUUUCCCUCCUAUUUUUUUUUUUUCUUUUUUUCUUAAGCUUGAAAAAUUCUUAAGUCGAAACCCAGAAUCCUGACUGGCUGUCGGUGUGCGCAAUGGUGUAUGCAUGCGCGAGGUGCGCGUGUCCCCUGUGCCUGUUCACCUCCUUCCGUAGACGUGCGGUGUCUGCCCGUAGGGUGGCUCAUCUCUGUUCGUGCUUUCUGUGCAUGUGCAAAUCUAGAGUGUCCUUUUUUUGAGCUGUGCGCGCUGGUGCUCUCCUUGUCGAGUAGUGAGCAUUGUCUAGCUUGGACAGGCUGCUUGAAACCAGAUCCUUAGCUCGCCGAUGGGUGCUGUGGCCUUGCCGUCCCUACGCCGGCUGCAGGAACUUCCCAUCAGGUUGCCUCACUGCCACCCCCUCCCUUUUUUAAGAAAAAAAAAAAAAAACAAACGAGGAAUUGACUUCACUCCUGGAAUCCAGGUUUUUUUGGUUGGGUUUUGGUUUUUUUGGUUGGGUUUUUGUUUUGUGUUUGGUUUUUUUUUUUGUCUUGAGCCCCCGGGGUUUGUAAUUCUUGGUAGGGUAGAAAGAGAAGACCUGGGGGCGAGAGGUGCCGCGGAGCUGGGGUGUGUGUGGGAGAGGCAGCGCCCGGCCGUGAGGAAACACCAGUUCUGGCAGGAAGGUGGUUCCUGAGGCCGUCCCGGCGGCGUGGGGCAGCCGCCCGUGGCCCGGGUGCACCCUGCACCUCCCCAGAGGCACCCGGCGCUUGGCAGGGUCCGACGGCGGGGUGCAGGUUUGGAAAUCCACGUCCAUCUUUUUAAUAUACAUAUAUAAAUAUCUCAUCAUCUGGAAGUGGCUGUGUAUAACUUGUGGGGGUGGGGGGAACUGCAUGAGUUUUUCUUUGGAUUAAAUGCCGAAUCAGGGUGAAGUAGAGUUGGUUUGACUGUUGUCUACAGCUGGGCCGAGUAAAAAUGGAAGCAGCCGAGCGCUGAGUCUGUCGUGCUGAUGCAGCCGGGGA